AUGAGGAAAUGGUAUACCCUCGUAGAGGCGUAUUCGCGGAGGCAGCUCACCGUCAAAACGGACAAACUCCCUGCCGUGAGUGGGGUGGCCGCCGAGGUAGCACACAUGCUUGGCAGCGCCGACGGCAGCGCAUAUGCUGCCGGGUUGUGGAAAGGGGAUAUCCUCCGCGGAUUGGCCUGGUUCUUUCACCCGAUGUUUUGCUUGCGGGUUGCCAAGGGGGACCACCCCUGGCCACCAGGCCCGGCCGAUGAGGGCAUUCCCUCGUGGUCCUGGGCGGCAUUUGAUGGGUCAGUGAUGCACUAUGGGCAGGGCUGGUCGAAGCUGCAGGCCCCGACAGUCUUGAGUGUAGAGACCUUGCCAGUGGGAGUUGACCCGUUCGGAAGGGUCAUGGGAGGCCGGAUCCGCCUGACGGGGUGGACAUUUGAGGCCCAAGUGUCAGAGGCCCAUCUACGGUUGUACUUUGAUUCGGACCCUGAGGAGUUGCCUAGCAUUGCCGUUGUUUGUUUGAUGCUGGGGAACGGCUUGAGCCCGCGGCGAGUGUAUGGGGAUGUUGGCCUGGUGUUGAUGAAGGAUGGGCAGAGGCAGAGGCGUGUGGGCAUGUUUGAUGUCGAGGCGUCAGAUAGGAAGUGGGUUAAGGGAAGGAGGCAGAUGACGGUUGAGAUUGAGUGA